AUGACACAGCCUAUUUUCGGAGGUGCCAAUCUUGAGCUGGAUAUGCUGUCAUUCUGGGAUGUAGUUAUUUAUUUCUCUGCAGAGGAGUGGGAUUGCCUGGGCCCUGCUCAAUGGAAAUUGUACAGAGAUGUGAUGUUGGAGAAUUACAACAACCUUGUGUUCCUGGGUCUUGCUUCCUGUAAGCCAUACCUGGUUACAUUUCUGGAGCAAAGACAAGAGCCUUAUGAUGUGAAGAGACAAGCAGCAGAUGCCAUGCAAGCAGGGAAAAAAUGCUACACAUGCAAAGAAUGUGGCAAAGCCUUUGAUUGGAAAUCAAAAUUUAGUAAGCAUCAAAGAAUUCAUUUAAGAUUGAAACCCUACAAGUGUGAAGAAUGUGAUAAGGCCUUCCGUGUCCCAUCAUUACUAAAGGAACACAAGAGAAUUCAUACAGGAGAGAAACCAUACACAUGUGAAUUAUGUGCUAAGGCCUUCCAUGGUCCAUCAUUACUUAAUAAACACAAGAGAAUUCAUACUAGGGAAAAACCCUUCAAAUGUCAAGUAAGUGGAAAGGCCUUUCAUUUUUCAUCAGUACUUUCUGAACACAAGAAAAGUUAUACUGGACAGAAACCCUACAAGUGUGAAGUAUGUGACAAGGCCUUCCGUUUUCCUUCAUUACUUUCUGAACACAAGAGAAUUCACACAGGAGAAAAACCCUACAAGUGUGAAAUAUGUAACAAGGCCUUCCAUGCUCCAUCAUUGCUUUCUGUACACAAGAGAAUUCACACAGGAGAGAAACCCUAUAAGUGUGAAGACUGUGACAAGGCCUUCCGUGUUCCAUCAUUACUUUCUAAACACAAAGUAAUUCAUACUGGAGAAAAACCCUACAAGUGUGAAGUGUGUGGCAAGGCCUUCCGUGCUCCAUCACUACUUUCAGUACACAAGAAAAUUCAUACAGGUGUGAAACCCUACACGUGUGAAGUAUGUGGCAAGGCCUUCCAUUAUCCAUCAAUACUUUCUAAGCAUAAGAGAAUUCAUACAGGAGAGAAACCAUACAAGUGUGAAGUAUGUGGAAACGCCUUCCGUUUCCCAUCAUUACUUUCUGUACACAAGAGAAUUCAUACUGGAGAAAAACCUUACAGGUGUGAAGCAUGUGGUAAGGAUUUCCAUUGUCCAUCACUGCUUUCUAAACACAAGAGAAUUCAUACAGGAGUGAAACCCUACAAGUGUGAAGUCUGUGGCAAGGCUUUCCGUGCCCCAUCUGUGCUUUCUGUACACAACAGAAUUCAUACGGGAGAAAAACCCUACAAGUGUGAAGAAUGUGGCAAAGCCUUCCGUUGUCCAUCAUUACUUUCUAAACACAAUAGAAUUCAUACAGGAGAAAAACUCUACAAGUGUGAAUUAUGUGGCAAGGCCUUCCAUUGUCCAUCAUUACUUUCUAAACACAAAAGAAUUCAUACAGGAGAGAAACACUACAAAUGUAAAGUAUGUGGCCUGGCCUUCCAUUGUCCAUCAUCACUUUCUGAACACAAGAGAAUUCAUACAGGUGAGAAACCCUACAAGUGUGAAGUAUGUGGCGAGGCUUUUAGGACUUCCCGGAUUCUUUCUACUCACUUGAUAACCCAUUCUGGAGAGAAACCCUACAAGUGUGAAGAAUGUGGAAAAGCCUUCUCUACAAAAUCAUACUUAAGUCAGCACAAAUUUACUCACAAUGUGGAGAACCCUUACAAAUGUAAAGAAUGUGGCAAAGUGCUCAACAAUACUAAAAACUUUAAGGAUCACCAAAGAAUUCAUUCUGGAGAGAAACCCUACAGGUGUAAAGAGUGCGGCAAAGACUUUAGAAGUUCUACAGCACGUUCUAAACACCGGAUAAUUCAUACUGGAGAGAAACGUUACAAGUGUGAAGAAUGUGGCAAAAGCUAUUACCAGUCUUCUGGUCUUAAGCAACAUCGAAAAAUUCAUUUGUGACAGAAACUUCACAAGUCUGAAGAAUGUGCCUAG